AUGUGUCUGGAAGCUGUUGUUUUACCGCAAUCGGCUGUUCAUGGCGAACUCCAGGUGACUACGAGCCUCCUGUCACUGUUGGAUGCGGCACUGCCACCAGGUGCCGGAGCCGGUCGAGCUCUGUCCGAGUCCAGCUCAAAGAUCGUCACGAAGGCAAUCUUCACGUUGCAGAAGAUUUGCGGCGGGGAAGGCGUCAGAAGUGAGGUUUGUGACAGCAAUAUCUUGAAGAAGCUGGUGGAGCUUCUGGAAGAUCAGGAGAACUUGAGCAAUGUGGAACUGAUGAACAAUGCUGGGAACUGCAGUGCGAAGAUUCAACAAUUUGGCUGGGGAAGAGUCUACGAUGUCCCUCACUCAGACGGCCGACCUGCGAUGUCUCGCAUUGAAGAUCGCUUCAUCGCUUCAUCGCUUCCACGCUUGGUGUGUCAGAAUUGGAGCUGCCCCAUGGAUCCAGGCGAUCCAGAACAACAUCAAGAGCUUUGCCAAGUGAGCCCCACAGAGUCACCCAAGAGAAAAGUGGCUGCGCCCCGAAAGUUCGACAAGAAGCGCAAUGGGGUGCUAACUGCACAGCACCUUUUGACAACUUUCAAUGACAAGCAAAUCCGCGUGAGUGCAGUAAAUGUGGCACUCAUGCUUGAGAGAGCCGACAAAAAUGCAGAUGGCGUUCUGGAUUUCACGGAAUUUGUAGAGUGGUUGUGUGAAUGCCGCGUUGAAGAGAGAUGGGAGGAGUUUGCUAGACAGAGCUUUGCGGUGGAAAGCAUGUUGUUGCUCUUCUACAAAGCUCGAGGUUUCACCGUUCAAGUUGAGAGCCUUCUUGGCACAGUGCCAGAGUUGCCUGUGCCAGAUGCUCUACAAAGCUUGGACUUAGUUGAACUGAUGGAAGCAACCGAACUUUCUCCAGAUCCCAUUCAACAAGCCUUGAAAUUUCGUGAGAUUGCAGCAUUUGCAAAGAGAACGGCUGGAAAUUGCUUGGGCCUCAUUGAUUCUGUGGUCAGAUAUCGAGAGAAGCUGUGGAAAUCAACCGAAGGGCAUCGUCAGAUUUUGGGCCUUGAAACCAAUGAAACCCAUUCGGAGAGUCUUGUGCUUGCUGGUGCCGGGCAGGUUUUCGGGAUUCGUUUAAGCCUGGAAGGAGAUCAAAAUCAGUACGAGAAGGCGCGACGUUUAGCAGAAGGCUACGAUGAUUGGAGCAUCAAACUCUGGAAUGCCACGAAUGUGGCUUUGUACCACGUCUGCAAACAGUACGGUAUCGAAGUGCCCGAAGUGCCUGGCCCCCAGUCUGUGCGUCCAGCACUGUCCAGCUUGAAGACCUCUCACCUGAUGCGGGUCAUGCUGGCCAUGGCGUCCAGGUUACCUGGACGCUACGCUGUGCUGUUUGGCCGUGCCAGACUUGCGAAUCGUCGUCCCGCCCUGAUGCCGCUGUAUGAGGAGAAAUUCAUUUGUCCUUUCUCCAUCCGAUUCUCACAAGCUCGGAUACGUCCAACCUUUCAGGAUGGUCGAGAUGUAGAAGCUUCCAUGGAAGAAGUGGAGGCUGUGGAAGCCCCAGAGGGCCCUCUGAAAGAUCGCUACGACCUGCUGCUCAGGGCGCCAUUUCCUCCCAUUGAAAUCAUUCGGUGGUGGCCGAAGCUCCGGGAAGAGGAUGGUGAAACACUCCUGGACGAGAAUGGCAAGACAAUCUUAGGAGAACCAUGCUGGUUCACCUUUGACAACAGAAGGCUCUACUGUUUGCAGGCUGCAGCUAUCAAGAAUUGGCCUUGCCGAGCAGCAGCAGUGGUCCACGUCAUGCACGAUCUGCCGGUCUCCAAGUGCGCGCCCAAAAAGUUUCGAACAACGGAUCUAGGCUGUUCAGUGCGAAUUUCCCGACGGGAUGAUGUUGUCCCCAAAGCGACCUGGACUUGGAUGGAGGCAGCGGGCACUGAGUCGAGCCGCAUGGAACGGAUGACAGGGUGA